GAACUGUGGUGAACACACUGACCCGCUGGCUGCUCCAAGUCACCAUGGACCCUGAAGGCCUGCAGCUCCUGUUACCCCCUACAACCUUGGCAGCCCUGGCGAACAGCUGGCUGCAAGAGGACUGCCCGGGCCUCAAUUUUGCAUCCUUGGUUACCGGGUCGGCACCCUCGCAGGCUGUGCUGUGGGCCAAAUCUCCUGGGGUUCUGGCAGGGCGACCCUUCUUUGACGCCAUCUUCACUCAACUCAACUGCCAAGUGUCCUGGUUCCUCCCGGAGGGAUCGAAGCUGGUACCUGUGGUCAAGGUGGCAGAGGUCAAGGGACCUGCCCACCACCUGCUCUUGGGGGAACGGGUGGCUCUUAACACCCUGGCCCGCUGCAGUGGGAUUGCCAGCGCGGCAGCGACAGCUGUGGAGGUGGCCAGGAGCACCGGCUGGACUGGACACGUGGCGGGCACGAGGAAGACGACACCUGGGUUCCGACUGGUGGAGAAGUAUGGGCUCCAAGUAGGCGGGGCAGCAUGCCACCGCUACGACCUGGGAGGGAUGGUGAUGGUGAAAGACAACCAUGUAGUGGCGGCCGGCAGCAUGGAAAGGGCAGUGCUGAAGGCUCGGCAGGCAGCCGGGUUUUCCCUGAAGGUAGAGGUGGAAUGUAGCAGCCUGGAGGAGGCCUUUCGGGCAGCAGAGGCUGGGGCUGACCUGGUAAUGCUGGACAACUUUAAGCCUGAGGAGCUGCACCCCACAGCAGCUACACUUAAAGCCAGAUUCCCCAGCGUGUCGGUGGAAGCCAGUGGGGGCGUCACACUGGACAACCUCACCCAGUUCUGUGGGACACACAUUGACGUCAUCUCGUUGGGAAUGCUGACCCAGGCUGCUCCAGCCCUGGAUUUUUCCCUCAAACUGUUUGCUGAAGGAGAUACCCCAGUGCCUCACGCUCGCCGGUUCUAAAGCCGAAGAAGAUGCCACCAGAAUGGACUACUGCGGCUUGUUGGGCACCUUGGGUCACAUGUCUUUAGAUUCAGAGGCCAAUAGGACAUAUCUAGGCUUUUUACCUAGGCUUCCCACUAGCUCUGCCAUCUCCAGCUUGUGUGACUUGCCAGGGCUGACUUUGAUUUUGCUUGCCUCGGUUUUCUCAUCUGUGAAAUAGGUCUAAUAAAUAAAAUCAACAGCCUUACUGGGCUGUUGAUGAUAAUAACUACUA